CAGUUCGAGUAAUCAAACCUUAUCGUCUUGUUAAGGUUAGGGCUAGGAUCGAUUUUAUAAUCUUAUUGGUGACUGGUGCAAACAUAAUUAAAGAAGCUAAUCGCAUAAUACCAGUAGCAACCUUUAUAACCCGCUGCAUUAGUGAAGAAGAUGAAGUUGCAAGUUUGCAAAUACUGUUUCGUUUGAAUUUCUUAGGAGUAAACCGUAACUCUAAGUUUUGGUCUAAUCUUGCAGUUUUCGAUCCGGAUAGGCCAACGACUUUGUACUGGAAGAAAGCUGGGAUGCUUAUAUUAAUGGUAUUAAUAUAUAAAAACUAUAACAUUGAAUUAACAGAUACAGAUGAACCAUUUAAACCAUUUAAAUACGUUGCUGGAAUUGUUGCUAACUGUAAAGAGUUGAAAGUUAGGAUUAGUCCCCGAAUUUGA